GGCAGCACGAACCGUUACAUACAGUGAAAGAAGGACCACAACACAACAACCACAACAACCACAACAACCACAACACACCACGACGAUGGAUGCGUGGCAUGGGAUUGUGUGCACGCGGGAGGAGGGCCGGCGAUCGCUACGGCGGAGGAAGAGCAGGCACGAUGACUCCUUGGUGAUGACGAGCCACCAGCCAUCGGUCCCCGACUUUGAUGACCUCGAUGACGACGACGACGACGAUGAUGGGGAAUACUUGCACCACACUGGCAAUGGCGCCAACGCACGCGCCACAGGCGAUGACGAAGACAAGCGGGCGCAGUACCUGAUCAAGCACGGCGUCACGGGCUCGCACUUGUUCGUGUACCUGUCAGAUGGGCGGCACGUGUGGACAGCCGUGCACGCGCGCAGCGAGCUUGCUGCGCUGAAUGAGAGGUUCAACCCCAGCGUGGAGAUCAACACGCAGAGCCUGUUGAGCAUCCUGUCCAAGAACAUCUUUGGCGGGGACACCAGCACGACCACGUACCGCCUUCGCAGACACACGUUCGCAGAUGCUCAUGGCGGUCGCGGUGGCAACAACGAUGAUGAGGAUGAGGAAGAGGACCCCGUCAACGAGAGCAGUGGCGGGGAUGGCUGGGCAUUCCGGUCGCUCACGCUGACUGCGGACACGGUGACAUCUGCGCGCGUGAAGCUGCAUUGGGAGACGACGCUGGAGCGCGGCACGCUCGAGGAUGCGUACGAGCAGCUUACUGCGCCACUCAUGUGUGCUUUAGCCGUGAACCUCAAGUACACGGCAGCUCUCGAGGUAUCGCCAUAUCCGACAGCUGGAGCACACGCGGAGCUGAGCAAACACGCUGGGCUGGUUGACGGUGCAUGGGUGGAGAGCGUGCCGUUUCAACGUGUAUUCACACCCCCGUGCAACGAACUCUACAAACGCGUUAUGCAACGCUUGCACCCGGAGCAAGAGCCAUCGGCCUUGGAGCCUGAAUCGAAGAAGAGCAGCAUGGGCGCAUACGCAGCAACAACGCUAGACGCUUCAGCGGACUUGCUGUCGCCAUCGUACGACUCACGUGACGGCGGCAAAGGUCGUGCAUCGUCGCCAUCCCUUCUCCGCAGCAGCGACCUCGCUCCUUCCCAGUCCCCGUCAACGUCCGCCGACGGUGCUGUCCCAUCAACCGACUUUGGGUCACCGAUACCUGCAAGCACCGCGUCUGGCGUGGGCGGCGGCGUUGGUGUCGAUGAGUCACCGCUUGAGCCCGCGUUUGCGCCAAAGAGAAUACAGCGGCGCGCUGUUGGGAAGCGCAAGGCAGAGGCCGAAGACAAGAGAGCAGCACCAGCACUCGCACCCGCACCGGCACCACAGGCACAGCCUGCAGCAGGGGACGAUGGUAGUGGCGAACAAGAGAAGAAGAAGAAGAAAAAGAAGAAGAAACGAGACCUGCUCUGACACCGUGUUGUGUCUGUCACCGCAACGUGUCACCACAACACCACUACAUCAACCACGUUCCACAUCUCAUGUUGCUCUAACUUUUGUUACUUGCAUCUCUACGCAUACACAUUGCCUCUAGUUCUGUUGGUUCCGUUGUUUCUGUUGUUCUUUGAACGUGUAUUUGGUGUUUCUGUUGUUCUUUGAAUGUGUAUUGGGUGGUGAUGCCAUCCAAACAUGUUGGGCGACAGCACCGGACAAGGAGCAAUAAUGGCGGUAACAUAACCAAAAGCAGUGAAAAUGAACAAUAUGUAG